GCCAAAUGCAACAUGGCUGCCAAUUCGAGCAGCACAGCGCCCUCAGCACAGACAAAAUCUAAUCCUCCGAGUAAAGAAAAAGAAACGUUACUCGCAGUCCUUCAGUUUUUGAAGAAGAAGAAUUUGUCUGAAACUGAGAAAAUCUUCAGGCAAGAAGUCAAUGGGCUAGAUGCAAUAGAAGAAAUAAAUCUUCAAACUACUCCAGAUUCAGAGCCAGAUAUUUCCUCGGUCUUAUCUGCGUAUAACAGUGAUGCAGAUCCAACAAGAUAUGAAGACUAUUACAGCAGUUUGCAAGCUUUUGUAGAGAAAUCAUUGGAUGUGUAUAAGCCUGAGUUAGCCAUGGUACUUUAUCCCAUGUUUGUGCAUAUGUAUCUUGAACUGGUAUACAAGGGAAGUGAUAAGGAGGCACAAUCUUUUUUUGCCUGUUUUCGAGGAAGUCAGGAAGAUUAUCAUGAAGAAGACCUUAGCAAGUUGGCAGCCAUAACACGGCGUGAACACAUGAAAAGCAAUGAGCUCAUGGGAACCUUACGGAGCAAUAAGUUUGUAAUCAGAAUGUCAAAGGACACAUACCAAGUACUCAAGAAACAUUUGCAGGAUCAACAGCAAGAAUUGCUUCUUACCUUGAUUCAGCAGCACCUUCACUUUGAUGUUUUUGAAGGAAGACCACGGAAUAAGCAGACAAUUGAAGCAACAGCAGGAGCAGUUACUGGGGAGGCAACAUUUGAGGCCAACAAAAGCAAGGUGUAUUAUGGAAUUCCACCAGAACCUGAUCUUGGAGUUGUUAUUGAAGAGGAAAAUGAGGAGGAGGAAGAUAAAGAUAAGCCAAAAAAAAAAAAAGUGAAGAAAGAUUCCAAUGGCCCAGGCAAGAAGAAGCAGGAACACAAUCCAAACGCUCCGCCUUUGAACCGCCAGAUUCCCUUCCCUGACAUGAAAGACAGUGAUAAGGUGGUGAAGAUAGCACUGAUGAGGGAAGCGGCCAAAAGAGUCACUUUAGGACCUGAUUCUCUUCCUUCCAUCUGCUUCUACAGUGUACUUAAUGCUCACUCAAGUUUAAACUCGGUCAGCAUAUCCAACGACUCGAGCCUGUUGUCCGGUGGAUUUGAAGACAGCAGUGUACGUGUAUGGAGCCUCACUCCCAAGAAGCUACGCAUGCUCAAGUCGCCUUCGGAGCUCGCCCUAAUUGAUAAGGAAGCAGAGGACGUACUUGAAAGAAUAAUGGACCACAGAACUGCUGUAGAGUCGAGAAAGUUGAUUGGUCAUUCUGGGCCCGUAUUCUCGACGAGUUUUAACAACGACAACUCCUUUCUUGUCUCCGCUUCUGCCGACAGAACAGUUCGCCUUUGGAGUCUCUACACUUUCAGUUCCUUAGUUUCGUUCAAGGGACAUAACUACCCAGUGUGGGACGUGCAGUUCUGCCCCCGCGGACACUACUUUGCAUCAGCAUCACAUGACCGUACGGCCCGACUGUGGAGCACAGACCAACCACAACCACUUAGGAUCUUCGCCGGUCACGUGUCUGACGUCAAUAGGGUCGUCUUUCAUCCGAACUGCAACUACAUCGCCACAGGCUCAUGUGACCGGACCGUCAGGCUCUGGGACAUAAAUACAGGCAGCUCGGUUCGGUUUUUCACGGGACAUAAGGGAGCGAUAUAUUCACUGGCUUUUUCACCUGAUGGCCGUUACCUUGCUUCUUCGGGCGUUGAUAAGCGUAUUCUAGUAUGGGAUCUCGCAGAGGGGACAUUAUUGACAGAGCUAAAAGGACACUCAGACACAGUGUACUCUUUGAUGUUUAGUAGAGAUGGGAAUUUGCUGGCCUCAGGUGGAGUAGAUAACUGUGUAAAGCUGUGGAACGCUCGCUCCAUCUGUAAUCCUGAUGAUGACGACGAUGAAGGAACAGACCCGAACCGCACAUCUACCAAAAGCAACACAUUUGAAGUGGGUUCGUACCCAACCAAGAGGACUCCAGUGCACUGUUUACACUUCACGCUAAGAAAUCUGUUAUUAGCGUCAGGACCUUUCACGGCCUCAUCAUGAGGGCGUAGAUGAGGGUAGGAGUCCAAGGGUGCUUUUGACCUCCUUGACUAGGACCCAAUUCUGCCCCCUCCCCCUCCCCCUCCCCCGUCCUAGCGCACAACUGAAAAAUUCUCCUCCGUCCAUGUCAAUGGGACAAGAGUAUAGCUGCAUUAUUCUGUACUUGUAAAUACUGUAUAAACACAAAUUUUGUAAAUUAAAAUCAUUUA